UAACCACCAUGGCUAGCCUGAACAUAGUGGUGGCUUUCUUUGUCUCAGUGGUUGCCCUGUCUCAGCUAAUCCGCUGGAUAAGUAAGAAAUUGCUCCCUGCCAGGAUUUACAGAUGCACUGUCAGCGAACUGGUCAGCUCUCUGCAGCUGUGUGCCUGCUGUAUGGAGCUCCGCAUGCUUGUGGAGAUUGGCAUGUGGGGUGGAGGUUAUGGUCCUGACGUGGUCUCCACUCUGCUCUUCUUGCUCUUUGUAGCUCACGGCUUCACCUUUGAUGGGGCAUCCGCCAACUCAGCAGUGUCUCUGCAGGAGUUCCUGCUCAAAGAUUGUCCUUUUAUAGAUUCAGUAUUUAAAUUAGCAUCUCAGUAUGCCGGCAUGGAGGCUGCCAGGUUCCUGACCAAACGAUAUUGGAAGUUGGAGCUGACACAAUUCCACUUAAUCCAAUCAAUGAUGUCAGAAGACUGCAGUUCUUCCCUGCAAACCACCCUUGCUCAGGGCAUCUUUGUGGAAGCAUUGUGUGCUUUCUGCUAUCAUCUAGUUCUACUCCGCUUCCAAAACACCAGACUGUUGUACAAGGUGCCUACAACCGCCCUCACCGUCACUUUACUGACAUAUGCAGGGAGUCCAUUCACAUCCGCUUACUUCAACCCAGUUCUGGCAUACAUAUUGACGUUCGACUGCUCCGGGAACACACUGCGGGAAUAUGCUAUUGUUUAUUUCGGUGGCUCAUUAGCUGGUAUGGUGCUGGCUCUCCUUAUUUAUCAGGGAAACAUCCCACAACUCUUUCAGAAGAACCUACUGUAUAGCCAAAAGAGCAAAUUUAGAAUGCCAAAAUCAAAGACUGUUCAGCCGAAAGCUUCAAGUAAUGCUCCAUCAUCACCAAAGGGCACAGAGAAAAAGUCUGAAACUAGACAGCGGAAAACAGCAAGUGUGCCAUCCAAAGGCAAGAGUAGCUGAUUUUGACAGAGAAACACGUUACUGAAUACACAGUAUAUUACCUAUAUAUGUAUAGGAACAAACAUAUACCCAAUAGAUAUUUAGAAUGAAUUUCCACAAUGAAUGUGUAAGUGGGUGAUUUGUCUAGAACAGUGGUUCUCAAAC